AUGAUAGCAGAUAGCAAAUUGGCAAAGUAUUUUGCUCCAAGGGAACUUGAUCUGAGGGACUGGGACGUGAUGACUGGAAUACCACCAGACAGUUUUUGUCGACUGAAUCCCGAAGUUUGCGACCCUGUUUCUGCAGGUCUUGUCAAUGAACAAGAAGUUUUGCAAUACUUCAAGCUGUAUUUCAAAAUUCGCCACCCUUCCGUGGGCAUUCUCGAUCCAGAUUUACACACGGCAGAAUACGUGCACGGCUGUUCAUUCACAUUAUUCUCCGUCAUCUGCGCUCUAGGAUGUGAGCUCUCGAUUAGUCAUCGAGACAUUUUGCUCGCACCUCUGCUCUAUAAUAUGGCCGAACGAAACAUAAAGUGGUCCAUUCUGAACUCAGUGAAGACUGUUGAGAUUAUUCAGGCCAUUAUAAUGUUUACGUUCUGGAGCCAUGCCGCUCAGAAUUACGCUGACGAUCCUUCCUGGCUUCGCUUCGGUCAUGCCUUGUCAAUUGCCCGCGAACUCAAGAUUAAUGACUCUUUGUUCAUUCAGAAAAAAGUCAACAACUUCAACGCGUCCAAUAGAAACAUAUACGCCGGCAUCCGUGAUCGUCAGGUUCGCAACUAUGAGAGAACGUGGAUUUUUGUUUUCCUCAUGGACAAAAGUUUUGGCAUCACCAUAGGUCGCGCACCCUGUGUUUCCUGGAGAGAGAUGCAGCCGGAUUUGUACGCUUGGGCUCGUGCAACUGGCAGCGCAGCUGGCGAUCUCGCCAUUACGGGGAUUGUUCAGCUACGCAUCAACUUGUUGCAAGCCUUGGAGAAACUUUUUGGAAUGCAUAAGACUCUCAGCUCUAUUGCUGAGUGGGAUAGAAGUGCUUCAUCAAGGCUUGAAGAGCUAAAAGGGACGAGUUAUUCUCGGCAAGACGGCACUCAAUUGGAAUCAAUGUUCGCGGCUGUUUUUACCUUCGAAGUCAACCAUGGCCUUUUGCUUAUUCGAAACAACACGUACAAGCACUUAGUAAAGCUAAACGCUUCGCAAGAUAAGAUCAAUAACGUUCUCCAUGAAAUCUUCAACAUCAGCUGCGAGAUUAUCCGUCUAUUCGUCCAUGACGCAAGGCUCAGCUCUCUGGCGUCAGGCUAUCAUAAUACUCCAUUCGUCAUGAUAUCCCAUGCAGCAACAGAAGUCAUCAGGUCGUUCAAGUGUCCCGCAAUCUCGCAAGACGCGCAAGAGCAAGCCUCGACACUGAUCCGGAACCUAGCAGAGCACUUUGGCAGAAUUGCAAAUAAGCUACCAAGCACCUCUUGGGCAUCGCUAUAUCUGGAAUACAGCUUGUUCUUAGUGCGUAAGCUGGAAAAUAUCCCAUGUGUUGCGUCUAGGGGGUCACAAGGAACUUUAGACCACCACACGGGUCAAAACUACAACAAAAUAAGCAUCAGUCUAGAUGACGAACCUCAAUCGUCUUCAAAUGCCUGGGACUUCAAUGGUGCAGCAUUCUUUGAGAUGGGGAACAGUUUAUGGCAGGAUAACUCUGCUAGUUUUCUAGGUGUUGAUUCCGGGCAAGGGAGUCUAUUUGGUGGAACAGGAAUGUAA